ACGAAUGAAAACAUGAGGACUCUACUGCUGGCUUCACUGGGCUGCCUAUUUCUGGCCGUUACAUUUGCCUUCCCUGCUAGUGACAAGGAAAAAGGCAUAAUCUUAAAUCUGAAGAACGGGGAGAUUUGUGCUGUCAGUAUGCAGUGUAAGAGCUCCUGCUGCCAACGAAACACUGGGACCAGCAUUCCUCGCUGUGCCCCCCUAUCAGCCGAGAACCAGAAGUGCUCCAAAUUGAGUGUGUAUGCCACCUACUACCACUGUAAGUGUGAGAGAGGCCUGAAGUGUAAGGGAGACUGGUCCGUUGGAGGCACCGUUACCAACACCAACUUCGGCAUCUGCGAGGACCGCAACGGCAAGACGAACGCCACCAGCUGAGACACUCCCCAGCGCCGUGUCCACCAGUCCAACAGCCACCAGCCACGACUGAAGCAAAAUGUUCCCAGGUGUCUUUGGUGCGGGAGUCACCCGGUUGACGGGCCGGGGGGGGGGCUAAAAGAACCCGCACAGGACUAAAUCAAAGCAUUUAAUGGAGUUUAGGUUUGAGGACGGCCCCUUGAGUCCUAAAACACUGACUGUGUAAUUAUGGCCUUAUUUGUAACUGUGCCGGAAUAUUUGACACCCUCCAUCGUUAAUCUUCAGAAACACGUUAUAAUAUUCCUAUUUUUUGUCACCUAUAUGCUGCUCCACACAUUCCUCCUGAGCACACCCCCCCCAACAAAAAAUACAUUCACUGAUAAGAAAUGAGGAAAUCCCCCAUCCCAUUGCACCACCUCCCCUUGGUUCUGACAGCAAAUACAGUCAAAAAACAACAACAUUAUGUAUUUGUUGGACCCCCCCCCCCCAAAAAAAAAAAUAUCAUUUUAAUUUGAAUUUUGAUGGAUAUUUUCAUCUGUAUGGCUCAGUUGAAUGGAGCUGCUCCAGAUUAAAGUGGCUGCCAAGCAUCA